ACCGCUGUCUGCAACGGCCUCCAAUUAUCGUUCCUGAGAUUUACGUACUCUUCUACCGUGGGCAAACUAUUAUUGGGCCGCACAGCCAUCUAUUCCCCCAUCCAUGUCGACAGCAUACCUACUCUCCACACACUCCUCCAACCCCCUCGAGGCUCCUCCAUCCGACCCGCGCAAUCGCGCGUUCGUGCGAACAUACCAGGAAACGAAAGCUGAACUCAACGCUGACUUGGACUCCUCUGACGACGAACAAAGGCUCAACUUCAACACAGUGAAGGCCUAUCAGACGCACAUCGCGACCCUGUAUCCCGAGAUGAGCGGCAGGUCAGAGCGGCGUGAGGGCAAAAGCGGAGAGCGCGAACUGGAGGAAGAUGUGAGCCUCAGGGCGGUGGACGUAAAGGGCAAGGGGCGGGCUGUAUCAGAACACGAGAAGGAGAACUAUACGCCUAGGUAUAUGGACCUCGACGACGACAUGAGCGACGAAGGUGUCCCCGCGUUAGGCGAGUGCCAGAUUAAUCUGGACGAAGAUGAAGGAGGCGAGGAGCGGAACGCAGUGACUGACCCCGCAGGCAGCGGUAGGGAAGAUGGCAGCGAUACUGACACUCUCGCGCACGAAGACGUAGGCCAGGAACAAGAUGUUGAUAUAGAUGUGGACUCCAAGGAGAUGCCCGACCCCGACACCGCCGGCUCGUCAUCAUCUCCUGCGCACUUGCCCUCCUCUUCUCUCUCGCUCCUCAUCAAACCUCCAGAUGAGCAGCAAGAAGUUCAGGUCGAGAUAUUAGACCUCGUGGAAGCGGUACCUUUGUUAGCGGAGGACUACAAAGUCGUAGACCGCCUGGGCAGCGGCACGUUCUCGAGCGUGUACAAAGCCGUGGAUCUCAACUACAAAAAGUUCAACAACACAGUCUGGGAACGCACGAACUGCUUGCAUCUCACCACGGCGCCCUUCUUUGUGGAGUCUGGGGGCGAGAUGAGCGUGUAUACGAACACCGAAGCCGAGAAGAAGCGAAGCUCGGGGCGCGUCUACGUCGCGGUCAAGCGCAUAUAUGUUACUAGCGGGCCUGAACGCGUCGGGAACGAGCUUUCGAUUAUGGAAGACUGCGUAGGGUGUCGGCACACAAGUCAACUUAUCACAGCCUUCCGGCAUCGCGACCAGGUCGUCCUUAUUAUGCCCUACUGCAGAAACGAUGACUUCCGACACUAUUUCCGUACACUGUCAUUGCCAGCCAUCAAGCAGUAUUUUCGAUGCAUGUUUCGCGCACUGCAUGAUAUCCAUGCGCGCGGUGUCAUUCACCGCGACGUCAAACCUGCCAACUUCCUCUUCGACCCACGCACCGGCGUUGGCACGCUCUGCGACUUUGGACUAGCCAGCCGUAUGGACCGAACGACGUCACUGGGCGCGUGUUUGCACAGUGGAGCGACAAAGCAGCAUUCACACGGGAAGCUGAAGAGUGGAGACGAAAUGGACACGGAGCAUAUCAAGAAGAUGCAGCGCGAGGGACGUGUCAAAUCAUCGCUGCCUAGCGAGCGCGUGGGAUAUCCCGAGCGUGACCCACGCCCACAUAGCAAAGCGAAUCGUGCUGGCACGAGAGGAUUCCGUGCGCCCGAGGUACUAUUGAAGUGUGGGCUACAGACUGGAGCCAUCGAUGUAUGGUCGGCGGGAGUAAUCCUGCUCUUCUUCCUGACGAAGAAGUUCCCUCUCUUUCAAGCGAGCGACGAUGUCGAGGCCCUAAUGGAAAUUGCAACCAUUAUCGGCAAAAGGCAAAUGGAGAAGAUUGCGACACUACAUAGUCGAGUAUAUCAGACCAACGUGCCUGCAGUAUCACAAGAAGGCAUGACAUGGUCAAACUUCGUAGAACGCCUCAACCCCGACCUGCAUACACCACCGACGGAGCCCGAUACCCGUUUCUGGCCUUAUUGCCUCGACUCACCCUCAAGCUCCAGCAGUCCCAUGAAGCGUACCCAAGAGCCACCAACAUCGUCUUCCCCUCAAUCCUCGCCACACCCUUACUCUUCGCCUUCGCCGCCAUCAUUGACGGACCUCGUCGCGUCGACACACGCACAAGACGUCGCUGAUGCAUUAUCACUCGCAGAAGCGCUGCUGCGUCCAGAUGCUGUGAAGCGCUUCACUCCGCACGCCGCACUCGAGCACCCAUUCUUGCGCGACCCUGCGCUCGCGCGUGAGGGAUGUAGCGAGGCUGAUAUGUUUCCGCACCCCUUCGGGCAUGGGGUGUGCGGGAAGCUGCACUGGCAUGAUGAGCAUGGGAGCGGGUACGUCUGCGUCUGGGACCCGCGGCGGCACGAACGGGAGCGCGACCGCAAGCGGAAGCGAGCGUUGGGGCACGGGAGGUCUGCGAUGCCGCGGCGGAGGCUGAGUGUGUACGAGAUGGGGCGCAGCGGCGAGCUACAGGAGAUCAAUCUCGAUGCAAGUUCAGAGGAGGAGGAGGAGGAGGUCGACGAGUAUGGGCGUAUAGUCGUACAGGGCAUGACGUGGCGUUCUGUCCUGGCAGGCGAAGGUGUGGCGGUUGGGCGCAAGCCGUGCGAAUAUCAUAGAGCAGAGCUCGGAUACUGGUUUGGUUGAUGGUGCCCUUACAUUGUCUUGUCUAACUGCACUCAUUGUAUCAUAAGGCAUCCGGAAUGCGGUGAGAUGGUUCACGGACGAUCGGAAGUGUACAGGCUACGACCAUGGGGUUAGCUACGAAGGCGAGGGCGUGGCGUAUCUCACCAGAUUGGUACUGUAGUUUCUAGGCCAUAUCUACCAUUUACAACAUGGGCAUCGGGCAGUGGCACUGCGCUGA